CGCAAACGGAUUUCAAUUCGGAUCCGUUCGGGGAAAAAGCGUGUAUCGCUCAGAGAAUGAGCCAAGCAGCCGGCAAUGACGGACAGGCUGUCCCGGAGGAAGAGCCUGAGCACGUGAGCGUGCACACUGAAGCGUCAAGCUUCACACCCCAGCAGGCCUCCGAGCAGGCGGUCCCGGGCGUGGGCCCUAUUCCGGAAGCCAUUCCUAUCAUUCAGCCGCAGGUUGCGGCCAACUUCAUGAACUUUCUCCAGCAGAUGGCUGGAGCAUACGUUCCACCACCGCCACCACCGCCGCAACCAGUGGCGGUGGUCACCAUCGAGAAGCUCCGGAAGAACGGGGCUGAGGAAUUUCUCGGCGAUCAGAUCGCCGACCCCAUGAUCGCGAAAUGGUGGUUUGAGCGAACCAUACGGGUAUUGGGUAACCUGAGGGUUCCGCAAGAGCAGCGUGGCGACCUCGCAGUCGCAUUACUUCAGGAUUCCGCCUACGACUGGUGGAAGCGUGUGGGGGCGGACGUCCCGGAGCCCGUGCAGUGGGCCACAUUUGAUCGACUCUUCCAUGAAGAGUACAUUCCUGAGCACUUUGUCGAGGCGAAGCGGGAGGAGUUCUUGAAGUUCACCCAGGGUGAACUCACACUGCCUGAGUAUCGUCAGAAGUUUGACGAGCUCGCGGGGUUCAGGCAAGACCUCGUACCGACCGUGGAGAAGCGGUGCAAACGCUUCGUGGAGGGUUUACGUCCCGAACUUUCGACUCAUCUGAUCAUUUCUCCUCGAAGUGACAUCAACGCGUUGUACAAGAAUGCGUUGGACCUGAAUGCGGCUCUCAUUAAGAAGGCUGAAGUUGAGCAGGCGCAGGGGGCGUCAGCAGCACCAUCCCGUCCUCCUCCACCCCAGAAGGCGGGGACUAGUGGCAAGAGGUCCUUUGCAACACCGAGCAGCUCUCACCAGAGCAAGAAGGUGAAGUCAGCCCCAGCUCAGUCAUCUGCGUCCGUGCAAAAGAAGGGCAAGAGCAGAGAUGGGUUUCGCAACCCGAUUUGCGACCACUGUGGGCGCAGGCACCCAGGGGAGUGUUGGUACACUUUGGGCUUGUGCCUUGGGUGUGUGUUGAAACACGGGCUUGUCACGUUUUCGUACUAAAGCCGUGUUCGUUUUUGUAACAGACCCCAAAUUUACUCAAUCCCAUAAAUCAAGCCAAUCACCCCUUUAAUGCAUUGGUCCGUUGGAGCCUAUUUUGGCACUAUAAAAAGGGGUGUUUGGGUCUGCUUUUCUCAUCAAUUCACUUCACUUUAUUCAUAUUAUCCUUGCAUCCAAACAACAUUAUUUUCCAUAGCUUUCUAGAGCCAAUUUGUGAAGUUUGAGUUGUUCUUGAGCGUAUAUAGUUUACUCAACA